AUGUUACGUGGCCGUGGCCAUGCCUGUCAAUUGUUAAAAACGUUAUCAUUAUUGGAAACAAAAGCUCAAUAUUUAUUCGUUGCAUCAAUAAUAAAUAUCAAGAAUGUUCGUUAUUUAUCUUCAUCAACCAAUACUAAGAGUGUACUAGGAUGGGGUGUCUUAUUAAAAAAAUAUAAAACAAAUAGACAAAAUGAAGAAGCAUUGAAAUUAUUUCAUGAUGGAAUUAAUACACAAAAAUUGAUACCAAAUUAUGUCAUUUAUUUAUUAGUUAUUGGUGCUUGUAGUGAUUUAGGAAAUUUAGAAAAAGGAAAAGAAAUACAUAAAAUGAUGAAUAACACUAGAGAUGAUAUAAAGAAUAAUACUAAAGUACAAACUUCAUUAAUAAAUAUGUAUUUGAAAUGUCAUGAUAUUAAUAAUGCAAAAAAAAACCCUCGACACAUAACGGGCAUUUAA